AUGUUGGAUGAAUCGUGCCGCUACGUCGAUCACAUCGACGUGAGAGAAGGCAGACGACGCACGCGCGUGGCGAAUCUCGCGCGGCAUUCCGGCGAUCCUUUCCCUGGAGAUCCCUUCCGUGGGGAUGUCGAGUUUAUCGACCUCCAACUUUCCCACGCGCCGUCGGAGGUGCGGAUGAUUCUUCUCGGCGCGAUUUACGUUCGAUCCCAUGGCAAGAGGUCAAUCGUCCACCCUCCUAAUUCGUAUCUUCGAUUGCAAAAUCGAACCUGGCGGCGUCCGAUCGCCUUUGAAGUCGACCGAUGGGAGCUGAACCCUGAAGAGGAGCGGGGGAAUUCGAAAACUCCCCUCGCAUGUGCGUUGCUGCUCGGGAUGCUCGUUCACACCGGAAACACGGCUGGGGAAGGGAUCUCGUCGGGGGGGUUUCCUGCCGAGGAGGGCCUUUCCCCCGCGAGGACGACGCCCGUUUUCGAAUUUAUCCCCGUUCAUCAACAAAUGCCGGUGGAUCCGCGCAAAUCCGUUAGCGGGGUGUUGCCUUUGGUGCAAUGGGCAGCGGCGUAUUUAUCCCGUCGUGGACGUCUUGCCGGCCUCCUUCGAUCGCCUGCUCGAACGGAAGGGGAAACGGAGGGGGAAGGGGGGGAGACUCCCACAAGGGAGCUUCCCGUCGCCUUUGACAGCCACGGCGGGGUCGAUUUCGUCGACGGGUGCGUCUCUCCUGAGGUGGGAGGCUUCCCUGCCGAUUGGCAGGCGCGGCUGACGGCGCCCUUCGCGGUUGAGCUGCGCGUGGUGGAGCUUCUUUCCGUCAGACCGCGGAUGCCGGAUCGCUUUCGUUGCCAUGUCGAGGCCUGGGUGUAUAGCGGGGGUGGGAGCGCCCUUAAUCGGGGGUUUAAAUCUGCUUUUCUUGGCAACGCGGAGAAUCUUUUGUGGGACCCUGAUGCCGAGCCCGCGGUGUUUCUCGUUCACAUGUUCGAUCGCCUUCGCGUGUUCCUUUACGAGCACGCGGCGGGUGGCUACGGGGAUGUCGAUUUGCUCCGCAUCCCCGGGCUUUGGCAGGCGGGGGAAGGGGGGGUUAUCGAGCUCGUCCUCCCCCUCGUCAGCGGCAGCCCUCUUUUCGAGGGGAAAAUUCGUCUGCAUUUGCGGCAGGUGCCCGUGAAGUCCGUCUACCCGCAGAUUCGGAAACGGUGGAAACGUGUGAUGAAAAGGCAAGCUGCCCACCACGAAGAGAUUCAGCGGCGUGAGGAUCAGAGGCAUAAUCGGGCGUUCCACCUUUGCACUAUGAUGUAA